UCUGCACAUGUCGUGGCAGAGCUAAAGGGACAAGGAAAGCAGGAUGUUGGUGUACGUGGAAAAGAAAGCCGCCUUGUUCAUGCUUCAAGUGUGGAUACUUGGCGUCGUUGUAGUUGCAGAUCCCAGCAUCAGCUUUGAACCCAAACCUCCAAACGUGAAUGCCUUGUCCACUGAUCCGCUAACCCUGAAGUGCGUUAUUAGCCCAGAUCCUAACGUGAUCGUCCAGCUCACGUCCGUCGUAAUUUCCAGAACCAAUGGAAACACAAACACAAACGAAACGGUCGCCCUGGUAACAUCGUACAACGCUGCCCACGCCUCUGUUGACCAAUCCCUGAUCAUUGUCACUGGGAAUGUAAGACCGAUACAACCAGCCUCAGAAUUAGGAUACCUGAAUAUUGAAGCAACCUGCAAGCCACAAUUGAUGGAUUCCAUCAGAACUGCUCCUGUGACCAAUCCCAGCUGAUCCAGCGCCUUGACAAAGCGGAAGCGGACAUUGCCAAAAUAACAGCUGCAGCCGGUUCCGGUUCCGGUUCCGGUUCUCAGAGCUCGGGCGUCCAACAUGUCGAAACCGGCAAAUUUUCGUGUUCUAGCGUAGGCAUGACUGGAUCCGGUGGCAAUUUUGCAACGAAGUUUAACGGCGUUGCCAAGAUGGUUGUCUCCGUGGAUGGAUUUGAGACGCAUGGGUCAGACACGAAGACGAGUGUAUCGACGUCCAAUGAUGGCAGCAGUUACAGCGUGAGCUGUACCACCACCGCGUACGUAAGCGGGACUUGGGUAGCUUUUGAGGAUAACUAAUGACUUCACUUCUAACGUACGGGAACUAAAGAAAAAAAAACCCGUAUCACUUUUCGGACUUAAUAAAGACUGCACCACUUUCA